AUGGUCCUCGUUCCCAAAGAUGAGACUCUUCCAAAGCGACUUCUGAUCCUCAAGGACAACCAGAUCAACGAAAUGACGCUUGCUAUGAUCGAGCAAUCCAGCAAGCCUGCCGUUAUGGGCGUGCUCAAGAACCUUCAACUUCGCUUUCCAAUCAGCCUUCCACUUCUGAUUCUUGACAGCCUCGAGGACAGUGGUGUACUCCUUGCACUUCACCUCCGUGGCAACAACAUCCAACAACCUGUCACGCUGCAGCACAGAUUGCAUCUGUGGCCACCAGCUGGUGCCUGA